GCGCCUUGUCACGUGAUUUUAUAGAACCAACAUGGCGGCCGACGUAACCAGGGAAGAUGUUUACAUGGGAUACAAAUAUUUUGACGGUUUUACUGUCAAUAGAUACCGUUAGCAAUAUGUGGGCAUAACAUAAUCUGUGACAUCGAUUUACUGCUUAGGUGAGAGGCGUUAACGGCUUGUGUGAUACAUAUCUGAGAGGAUACAAAAUACUAGGCCUUGUAGAUCCCAUAUCACACGGAGUUCAAAUUGGUGGCAAGUCUCCGGAGUUGCCAGGACGUGAGCGGUUCACGAUGGGCGUUCGGCGUAGAUGACAUUUUGGGGAUUAUGGUUUGGAGGCUGCAUGGAGGGAUUUAAACAGUACAUGUGUAGACAGAUAGCUGUAGAGACAACACUUUAUGAUGGCAAAGAGACCGACCACAGUCGUGUGCUAUAUCUGUGGCCGAGAGUUUGGGUCUAAAUCUGUUUCUAUUCAUGAACCACAGUGCUUAAAGAAGUGGCACAAUGAGAAUAACAAUUUACCCAAACACAUGAGAAGGAAACCUCCUCAGAAACCAGAGAUCUUUCCUACUAUAGGUGGCAGUGGAAAAUAUGAUGCAGAGCGUUUCAAUGAAAUGGCAUGGCAGAGUGCACAGUCAAAUCUAGCUGAGUGUGAGAAUUGUGGGAGAACAUUUAAUCCAGACAGACUUCCAGUCCACCAGAGGAGCUGUAAACCUGGUAAACCAAUGAUGCCACUGAAGAAGAAGGGAGGAGAAGGAACAGGGGGAAAUGACCAAGGGUCAAGGCCAGGAACCGCUACCCUGUCAAGUCCAAAUGUCAUCAAUAUGAACAGCUCCGUAGAUCUUGAAGGGAGCCAGCGCCCGAAAACCCCUGCCUCUAGGUUAACAAGCAGAUCACAGUUGGGCUCUCAACCAAAUGUUGGAAACCGACAAACCACUUUUACUUCUGACAAGAAGAAACCACAGGCAGCCAACCCUCCUGCUUCCAAAGGACCCAGGUUUGUUUUGUGUUAUAUAUGUGGCCGUCAGUUUGGAACAUCCUCAGUGGGAAUUCAUGAACCAAAAUGUUUGGAAAAAUGGAAAAUUGAAAAUGACAAACUUCCAAGGGAACAACGUCGCCCAGAGCCAAAGAAACCGGAAAUACUUAAAGCGGGAGGUAAAAUGGAUGCUGAGGCAAUGAAUGAGGCUGCCUGGAAGAGUGCCCAGUCUAACCUGGUUCCCUGCCCCAACUGUGCAAGGACAUUCAAUCCAGACAGGCUUCAAGUUCAUCUCCGAGCCUGCAAACCUAAGGAUGGAGGUCCGAACGUGUCGUCCCAUACUCUGAAUGGGCCGAGUGGUUCCCCGUCUGAAGGUGGGCCCCAAGCCAGUAAGAGUGGAUUCAGUGGCAAGCCCCCAGCUCAGAGGGGCCCUCGGACAGUUGUCUGCUAUAUCUGUGGAAGGGAAUUUGGAUCCAAGUCUCUUCCCAUACAUGAACCUCAGUGCCUUGAAAAAUGGAAAAUCGAAAACCAAAAACUGCCCAAAGAAUUGCGGCGACCACUCCCCAAGAAACCACAAGCAGUUGGAGGUGGCGGACUCACUAGGGAUCAGAUGAAUGAAGCUGCAUGGGAGGCUUCCAAGGCUCAGCUGAUUCCGUGUCCGAACUGCGGCCGAACAUUCGCUCCGGACCGACUGUCUGUCCACCAGAGGGCGUGCCGACCAAAGACCGCAACCAUUAGGAAGGGAGGCGGGCCAGGCAUGAAAAGGUCAAAUGCUGCUAAUGAGCCUCCUCCCAUCUCCAAGCCAGCUGUGAUACAGAAACCUCGCACAGUUGUGUGUUACAUUUGUGGCCGGGAAUUCGGAACCAAGUCAAUAUCCAUCCAUGAACCUCAGUGCAUCAAGAAAUGGCACAUUGAGAAUGACAAACUGCCACGGAACAUGAGACGCCCUGAGCCUAAGAAACCGGAAGUUAGAAGUAUUGGAGGAAAGGGCGCCUAUGACAUUGAAGCCAUGAAUCAGGCAGCAUGGGAGAGCGCGCAGGCUGCCCUUGUUCCGUGUGACAACUGUGGGCGCACGUUCAACCCUGACAGACUCUUUGUCCAUCAACGGAGUUGCCGUCCCAAGCCUGCCAAACAAGGGUAGAAUCUCAGUGUGUGUGUGACUGAAAGUUACCCAACAUCUGCUUAUCUGAUACCUUUGAGUGUACAGUGGGAUCAUUCUUAUUUAAAAAGAUUGAUUGCCAGACAAUGUCACAUUAGCAUGAUUAGAGAAGAUGGUAAAUACAACAGAGAUCCAUAUCAGUUUCAACAUUUGAUCUUAAUCUUUUAGUGCAAAACUGGGUGAUUUAUAAUAUCUGAGCAUAUGUGCACAACUGUCAUCUAAAUUUAAAAUGAAAUGAAAAUGUGUUUUGAAAGAUAAGUCUUAGAGUUUUGAAAGUUAAAUCAAAGGAAUUAUAACUUUCCAAUAUUUUUUUGUUAACAGACUUGCCAGAAAAUAAACAAGGUCUUUUCCUAAUUUCAAUUUCCUUCCACUUCUAUAAAUUAUUGGUCCAGCAGAUCAGUAGACCUAGUUAUCAAGAAACACUGAGCUGGCAAGUCCUAGCUGGGAGUUCUUUCUGCCUGGUCUGUCUGAACACAACACAAUACAUUCCUGCGCUGGACACCAUCUUUCUUUUUGACACUUUGCUUAUUUUUGUAUUAUUGUUUUUAUUUGCGUUUUGAGUUUGAUAUUCAGGAAGGAAGGUGGCAUUAUAUGAAAAAACUCCACACAAUAUAAAUAAUGUUAUCAUGAGUGCUGUAUGUAUAUAGUUAUAGAAGUUUGUCUCAAGAUGAUGCAACAUUUAAUGUGUUUUUGUACACCAUAAUCCUGACACCUGUGAUACAUAAUAAAUGUUGGGGACAUGUUGCUGAAUAUGGAAAUACCGUAUUACAUGUAGUUGACUGUAUCCAUUGUAGUUAUUGGACAGUGUUUGUCACUGGGUGUUACAAACCAGUGUGUUUACUAGUUGUAAUAGUUUUAUUUAGUUUUGUAUUUUCUGUUUUUUGUAUUUACUUUACAAUAUGGAUCUCUUAGUUACCAGUUACCAUAUAUCUUGUUUGAAUUGUGGAUCUGCCAGUUCUAUGAAACAAUAUAUAGAGGUCAAUUUUUAUAUGAAUAUAUGAAGUCAGUCACUGGAUUGUCUGUUCCAGACUCGAUUAUUUACAGACCACCAUCAUGUAGUUGGAAACUUGUUAGGUGCGGUGUUAAACAACAAACAAACAAACAAACAAACAAAACAAACAUUCUAUUAUCAACCAAUCAGGAAACCGUAGACUGUUGAUGUGCGUGGCCUAAUUUAUUUUGGGUUUAUUAUUUGGUCCCUCUGGAUUUUCACUAGUCUCGGACUAACAGACCAGUGACCAUGUCUCACCUUGCUUUCCUGAUGUGAAGAUAAAAUGAUCACUUGCUUGGACAAAGUAUCCCAUUUUCUUUUAUAAUUAUAAAACACAAAACACAAAAAUGUAAAUUUGAAACCUUGGAAUCAUUACAGAAAUAUUGACAUACAGAAAAUCUUGAAUACCAUCAUCUUGAUAUAUCUAUCAUCUUAGAUGCUACUUUCUUGUCCCCUUAAUGCCUUAUACUCAUGGUAGUUCGCUCGUCUAGAACUACUGAUACCUCGAUAGGUUUGUUUUAUUCCCUAGGAGUUAAUGAGGUCACAGUGUAUCUGUAAAUACAAUGUGUUUUGUAUAUGUAUAUAUGGAUAAUAGCUUUGAAAAUAUUUAUUGACAUAUAACAGUGAUUUGGGGACAGGUAUAAACUUACAAGGUAGAUGGUAUCUGUGGUCAUGAUGGUUGACUGCUCUGUAACAAUUAGCAAUUAGAAGAGUGAGUGAAAGGGCAUUUGUUGAUGGCUUGCUUAGUUGUAAUGCAGAAUGUUUUCUCUGAAUACUUUUGAAUUAAAUAACGGCAAUAGGAGUUUAACAUUUACAGUGUUUAAGCAUACAUUUCAGUCUAAUUUCCAAAUAAUUACAUAAAUAUGGAAAAUUGUUUAAAAACUUAAUAAUGUUUUUAUGAAAUAUAAGCUUUUGUUCAAUUUUAUUAAACUGAUUAUCAAUAAUAGCACCUAUCUGCUAGAGAGAUCUGUCAUAGUGGCAGUGAAGAUUUUGUAGAUAUUGUGUGAAAUAGCUUUUCUGUAUUUGUGAAGCAGUUAUAGAUCAAAUAUGCAAAUGAUAUUAAUUGUACGAUAUGUUUUAUCUGCUUCUGGAGACAAUACGAAAUGUACACUCGUGUGAUGAUGUUCUUAAUUCUUUAUAUGCAAUGAUGAAUGUAUUAUCACAUACGGCUGAAAUGUAUUCUUGUUUCUCAGGACACAUCAGUUGAACACAUUACUUAUACUUCGUGACAACACCUCAGUGAAAACCUAACCCUUGUAUUACAUUAUUUCAACUGUAAACAAGAAGCCUGGGAUAUGUUCAGUGGUGAAUACAGGUUUUGGAAUAUGUUUUGUAACGAUGUCCAUGUCUGUGUUGAGAUUUGUUAUGAGUGUACACUUGUGUCCGCCCUGUGAUGUCAACACAGAGUGCCUCAGAGUGCCUUAUAGAGUGCAAUCACACGUAUCUCUUUACUUACAAUAUGGGGACCAGUCAUACAUGUGCGCAACUUUGUCAUCUAGUAGCACUGUUUGACAGAACCUGCAGUUGCCAUUGGUUACCAUUGCAUUCCCUCAUCUCUACUGUGUCCUUGUAACUCGUAGCAGGGAGAGCAUUGUUACUGCUGCUGUCUCAGAUGAAACCCUGUGAAAUGCCCUGUUGUAAGAUUCAUAAUAUAGGAUUUAUUUGAAAUUAUAUGUAUGUAUUUGCAUUCGACUCCUUGUUUAAGAAAUAAAGUUUGCUCUACCCCAUAGUGUAAUAAGGUAUAGUUCUGCCCUGAACUAUUAUAGAUAAAGCUCAAGGACGCUUGCAUCUGAAGGGUUUGACGUUAUAUACGUUAAAUCAGGGGGAGGAUACUCUAGAUCAUGGGGGAGGUAAUUUGAACAGCGCCAUGACGUCAGUCCAUUAUGACGUAACUCAAAAAGUGUACUUUAUCGCAGGAAAAAGUACAGUCGUCAGAGGGAGAGAGGGAGCGGGGUGUCUGAUGUUUUUAAUGUGUUUAUUCUGGUGUUAGCAAUAUUCCUGCAUUAUGACUACCAUGUCACAUCCAAGGGAAUCAAACCCAGGUUUAAAGGGUGAUGAGUGAACACUUGCCCUGCUGUGCCACCUCCGUGUGACGAGGUUCUGUGGUCAGUUCUAGAUGACAAGGUUUCAGUGCAUGUACGGCAAGUCAGCAUGGACAUAUGUAUGUAGCUUCCAUGAUGUGUUUGAGAGUAUUUCUCAGGCUUUAUCUGUCUCAUCUAUGUGACUAGUUUGUGUAACCAGUGUGGCCAUUGUGCAUAAUGCAGCGUUCCCUGUGAUAAUGUUGAACUGUUAUGUUAGAAAUACACAGUCUAUUUAUUGUUUUUAUAAACAGUUCCAUCAUUGUCAUAUAUGAUUGUUACAAUAUCCGUCCGGUAGAGAAUAUCUAUUCAAUACGUAUAUAUUAUAUAUAUGCUAAAAUAAUAUGUACAGGUUUUACAUUUUUAUUCCCAUCACAGAAUUAUCAAUUUUUUCUCAUGCUCACUCUUAAUCGGCCUUUCCUCUGUGUGGCUUACUGACUCUGAGGGGACGUUACUGUGUGUUGUGAGUCAUGUCGGGAUAUGGAGUUAGUGUGUUUAUAAGCAAUUCUUGAACAUUUGAUAAUUUGAGAGUGAUAAGGCCGUCCAAUCAACUUUAUGAACUAUUUGCAACCUGUAAACUGUGAUGGUCAUAGCUUAUGUGUAUCAUUUCCUGCCUCUGAAUCUGAAUGUAUGUUUGUUUUUGGUCUAUCAUGUUCACGUAAACCACAUUGUCUGGUGAUCCGACUGAGUGCACACUACCUCCGCCGCCCGCAGAUUCAUGCUGUCGGUGCAGCCAAGUAGAAAAAGGCAGCAAGAAGUACAGAAAAAAAAUUAUAUGAAAUCUUAUUAUUUUAAGAAACAUUGCAAAUUACAGAAUUGUAUGUUACCCUGCAGGCAGUUAUUUAUCCCACAACUUAGUAAACAAAAACCCACAGCCUGUGUGUCUCUCCCUGUGGUGUUAUUGCAUUGUUCUAGAUAUUGAAUCCUUCACUGUAGACAGUUAAUACCCCAACCACCUGGUAAACAAUAACCCACAGCCUGUGUCUCUCCCUGUGGUGUUAUUGCAUUGUUCUAGAUAUUGAAUCCUUCACUGUAGACAGUUAAUACCCCAACCACCUGGUAAAUAAUAACCCACAGCCUGUGUCUCUCCCUGUGGUGUUAUUGCAUUGUUCUAGAUAUUGAAUCCUUCACUGUAGACAGUUAAUACCCCAACCACCUGGUAAACAAUAACCCACAGCCUGUGUGUCUCUCCCUGUGGUGUUUUUGCAUUGUUCUAGAUAUUGAAUCCUUCACUGUAGGCAGUUCAUACCCCAACCACCUAGUAAACAAAAACCCACAGCCUGUGUGUCUCUCCCUGUGGUGUUAUUGCAUUGUUCUAGAUAUUGAAUCCUUCACUGUAGACAGUUAAUACCCCAACCACCUGGUAAACAAUAACCCACAGCCUGUGUGUCGCUCCCUGUGGUGUUAUUGCAUUGUUCUAGAUAUUGAAUCCUUCACUGUAGACAGUUAAUACCCCAACCACCUGGUAAACAAUAACCCACAGCCUGUGUGUCUCUCCCUGUGGUGUUUUUGCAUUGUUCUAGAUAUUGAAUCCUUCACUGUAGACAGUUAAUACCCUAACCACCUAGUAAACAAAAACCCACAGCCUGUGUGUCUCUCCCUGUGGUGUUAUUGCAUUGUUCUAGAUAUUGAAUCCUUCACUGUAGACAGUUAAUACCCCAACCACCUGGUUAACAAUAACCCACAGCCUGUGUGUCGCUCCCUGUGGUGUUUUUGCAUUGUUCUAGAUAUUGAAUCCUUCACUGUAGACAGUUAAUACCCCAACCACCUAGUAAACAAUAACCCACAGCCUGUGUGUCUCUCCCUGUGGUGUUAUUGCAUUGUUCUAGAUAUUGAAUCCUUCACCGUAGGCAGUUAUUGAUCCAACCAUCUAGUGAAUAGUAACCCACAGCCUAUUUAAGUGUGUCUGUCCCUGUAGUAUUAUUGCAUUGUUCUAGGUAUGGAAUCCUCCACAUGCAUCCUACCUUCUUAUAGUGAAGGUGGCCAGGUGGUCUGAUGAACAGUGCAGAGCUGGGCCCAAACCCAGGAUCCGAUGGUCCUGAGUUUGAAUAUCAGAUUUGCUAACAUAGUGACUCUUGGUCUGUCUGUGCCACACACGUUUACUUUGGACUUUUUCCCAUGUUAACCUACCAGUAACACAAUGCGAACUAUUUUUUAGAUCAACUCACUCACUCACCUGCCUGCCUUUAUUAAGACCUAAUGACAUGUGUCAUAUCUGGGUUCACUAACAGGUGCCGUUCAUGCGUCUUAGAAUGAAAUAUGUAAAUGGUCACCUAAUUGUUGAUAUUGUAAUAAUAAUAAUAAUAAUAAUAAUAAUAAUAAUAAUAAUAAUAAUUCAGGAAGAAAGGUAGUCCCUUAGAAUCAUGAUAGUAAUAUUUGGUUUGUGGAUUUACCUGGGAGUUAAAUAUUUCUUGAUUUAAAUUAAUACAAACAUAUGUUUCCAUGUCAAAGAAAUAUCAGAACAAUAUAUAUGCUUUGACUUUAUGUAUGUGGUUAUCAUUGAUUUUUAUUGGCAUGUACAUGUUUAUUUAUUGCUUGUUAAUAUUCAAAAUGUUAUUUACACAGAUAUGUCUUUCAAUAGUCUGGCUUUCUACUUGUUGAGCUGAGUGUGAUGGCAGUAUAGAAAUAUGCUUGUAUCUUGCAUCAGCAUGUAGGGCAUGUAGUCACCACAUAUUUAUUAUAUAGUCUUUGAAUGCCUAACAUGGGAAUACAAGGGGAUCACACUUAGCGUUGUUGAAUCACAGAUUAAUAAACAGUAAAAGUAUGAA